CAGGUUUUGAUACUUUUUUUUAUUAUUUCUUACAUGUCUUAUUAUAUUAUAUUUGUUUAAUUUAGCAAUUAUUUGUUUAUAGCUAGUAUACACGUCCGCAACUACGACCACAACCACUGUCUGCCAUCCAUUAUUUUAUUUUACUUACGAUGAUUCCUAUUUCUCGUACACUUAUUCUGGUAGCAGCUUUUUCCGUGCUGACAAGCGCAUUGACAAGUCCCAUUUUCAACGUCAAAAUCCUCGCUAAAAGAGACAUUUCCGAAAAUUCUGCCAUCGAGGGUUGGUUCAACCAGACCGUCGACCACUUUGGAAGCAACACAGACAUAUGGGCUCAACAAUACAUGGUCAACUACGAAUAUUACAAGCCCGGUGGGCCAAUUAUUAUUUUGACGCCUGGCGAGGCCGAACUCAGCGACGUGUAUGCAGUCAGCACGCACUUCACAGAGUUAGCAGAAUCGACCAAUGGUAUCUUAGUUGCUGUCGAGCACCGCUUCUUCGGACAGUCCAACCCAAUGGCCGACUUGUCUGCCUCCAGCUUAAAGUACUUGACAUUGGACAAUACAUUGGAGGAUUUUGCUCAGAUAAUUCGCGCGGCCAAAACUAGUCCAGAAACAUUAUUUCCCUCUGCAAAUGUCUCGACCAACUCGACCGUUAUUUUCACCGGUGGGUCGUACGGCGGUGCUAUUGCUGCUUGGAUGCGCGCCAAAUAUCCUGAAUUGGUGACUGCCGCCUGGUCAUCUUCGGCCCCAGUAUACAGCUACCGUGAAUUUUAUCAGCUCGACCAGGCGUUCGGCAAGCAUCUCGAAACACGCGGCUGCGUCAAAGACCUCGACGCCAUUCUGCUUUCUGGCAACCAGACAAUUAUCGAUACAAUGCAGGCCAAAUUCGGCAUUGUCGGAAUGCCAACACAGGAUUUUGUCGCGCAACUAGCAAACAUUGCCUCGUCCAAUGUGAACUCGCCGGUGAUGUUAAAUAAUGACAUGGUGGACAGAACCAUUUGCAGCUUCUUCAAUGGUUACCGCGCAUCAUUGGACUCUUAUCUUAUGGCGCUGGUUUCUAUAGUUGAUGGAUACACGCCACCCAUGCAGUUCAACUCAUCCAAGACUGGCAGCGGGCGCCUGCGGAUGAGACAGAGUGACGAGUCUGUUGAUAUUUCUUUGAACCAAGUGUAUCGCUCGUGGCAUUAUAUUUCCUGCACGUGGUUUGCCGAUUGGCAGGUUGCAGCGCCGGCAGACUCCGGCCUUACAUCCUACCGCUCGCAGCUGAUUACCGCAGAUACAUGGGAGUCCGACUGCCAGACUGUCUUUGACGACAGUAUUGCGCUGCCCGUGGAUGUCGCCAGCCACAAUGACAAGUGGUUUGGUAUUCUCCAAAAUGCCACGCAGAUAUAUUACACUGUCGGCGAGCUUGAUCCCUGGCGUGGAUCCACGGUAAUUCUAGAAGACAAUAAGCUGUUGCCGGAAACACUGGACAUCUCUAUGUUUGAUAUGCAGUUGAGUAACCGGCUUGACCUGAACAGCGUCAAUGAGGCCCGUAGGCUGGGCGAUGAGCUUAUGAUAAAGUGGAUAUCCUGAUCGCGUGCAUACAACGGGCUAUAGUAAUGUCAUUUUCCUAUUGUAACAUAUAUUUAUUUUUCGAUAUACGCUUUUUACUUUUGAUAGCAAAUUUAAAAAUACUGUUGAUUUUUAACGUGUG